AACUGCUGAACCAUAUCAAACAGUAACAAGGUUUCAUGCCCUGCAGAAAGUCAUCAUGUAUGGAUCUGUUUUUUCAUUUUACUAUCGACCCAGGACACCAUUUCUUUUUGACACACACCUUGUUGAAAUCAUCAUUAUUUGUCUGAUCACUGCAGCCACUUUUCUAAUUAUAUUGCCUGGAAUCAGAGGAAAAUUGAGAACCUUCUGGCUCGUGAAGGUGCUGACAAGUCUCUUUAUUGGCACUGUGAUUCUAAGUGUCAACUUUACUCGUGACUGGGAGGUUGGAUCUGUAACUACCACAACUGUGUACAAGUCUUUCAGUCAUUCAAUGGUGAAUGCUAGUAUUGGAAUAUGGGUUGGCUUAAAGGGUUUAAAUAUUACUCUGACAGGGCAUCCUAUUCAUCAAUUUAAUGAAACUAUUAAUUACAAUGAAAGGUUUUCCUGGGAGACCAGGAUCCAGUAUGACAAUGACUAUCAAGAUGGAUUGGAAAGGGGUCUCCCAAAUCCCAUAUUAUAUGUGGCUGAAAAGUUUAUUAGCAUUAGUCCUUGCAGACUUCACCAGCAAUAUUGUGCGUCCACAUAUUAUUCAUCGGCACUAAUGUGGUUGGCAUUCUGUGCAUGGAUUCUCAGCAACGUCCUUUUCUGUAUUCCAGUCCCUCUAUAUGGAAUUUGUAUGAUGUUUGCAACUGCAGUGUGUAUAAUAUUCUCACUGGUAUCAUUUGCAACAGUUAGACAAGUACCUAUAUGCAACAUCCAUUUUGGAACUUCUAUUCUGCGGACAAGAUUUGGAUUUUCUUUUUGGAUGAGUUUUGCCACAGGUUUGCUUUGCCUUUUUAUUAGCAUUGUUCUCUUGACAGUACACAUCAUGAGGCCAGCCAUCGUUCGCCGUUUAUUCAACAGUAAAGAUAACGAGGACGUUUUCUCCAAGACUGAAAGUGAAGAUGGUGAUGCUGUGAGUGACAAUGAAGAAGUUACUGUGACCGAGUUAUAA